UAAUUUUUUUUUUAAUUUUUUUUAGAAACUUUUGGGUAUGAUCCCAACUGAAGAGGAGAUCACCGGCAUCCAAGAUGCUCUUCAGUCUUCCCCAGAUGUUGCUCUCGGAUCAGCAGAGCAAUUUUUAUUAACCCUGUCCUCAAUUUCGGAACUGGAAGCUAGACUCAAUUUAUGGUCAUUUAAAUUGGACUACGAUCUUUUAGAAAAGGAAGUUGCAGACCCAUUGCUGGAUUUAAAAGACGCAAUCGAUGAAUUGAAGAAAAACAAAACUUUAAGAGUUAUACUGGCUGUUGUUCGUUCUAUUGGAAAUUUGCUGAAUAAUACGAAGGUCGAAGGAUUUGAUAUUUCUUACUUGGCAAAAGUCCCGGAUGUAAAAGACACGAUACAUAAGCAGUCGUUACUACAUCAUGUAACUCAAUGCGUGAUUGAGAAAAAUCCAGAGUCCACGGACCUGUAUUCUGAACUGGGGGCUCUGACAAGGUGUUCUCGGGUCGAUUUUGACAUUUUAGAAGAGACACUCCAAGGGUUGGAAAAAAGAUGUAAAAAUUCUUGGGACCAUUUAAAGAUGAUUGCAAAACAUGAAUCGAAAGCUGCAUUUCGUUCUCGAUUGUCGGAGUUUUUGCUCAACUCCGCACAAAGGAUUAUCACGCUUAAAGUUAUUCAUAGGAGGCUAAUUAACAGGUUCAAAUCCACGCUCAUAUACUUCGGAGCAUCAACGACAACAACAAAAGACACGUCGGUUCAAAGUUUUGCUCGAAUGCUGUCAGAAUUUGCUUUGGAAUAUCGCACAUCAAGAGAGAGAACUCUUUCACAGAAAAGAAAAAAGCACGUAAAAGGAGAGAGAAAUAGAACGAGAGGAAAAAUGAUCACGGAGGAUGACGUAUUUUUGGACGAUGUUUUUGCUCUAACAGAUGAUGAUCUUAUUAAUUUUACCCGAAAAUUUUCCGCAACCGAAGAACAACUAAAACAAAAACAAAUGGAAAACGUUCUCAGACCAACUGAAGUACAAUUUGAAAAAAGGUCCCGUUCUAGAAGCCAAAAAGCUGGUAAAAAAUCGGAACACGUGCCAUCUUCCCCCUCUGUGACGUCACCAGAUGAUGUCACUGACAAGAUCAUGGAACAGCUCGUGAAAACGGCAACGCAAGUGCCUCGUGAGCGGUCGACUCCCGUGAGCAGGCGAAAGAGAUCACGAAACUCACAAAGAAAAUCACUGAGAAGAACUUUAAAGGGGGGCCUUACAGACGAAGAAAAAGCUGUAAUAAUGGGCAAUUUAUGAUGACGUCACAAACGUUUUCUUUUUUUUCAUUGUGCAAAAAAAUUUAAAUAAAUUUUCAUUUUUUAAAAAAUUUGAUUUUGGUAUAAAUAGCUGGAUUUGACGUGUUUUAUGACGUCAUCGUGACGUCAUUACCCUGCCGCUCGUUUCGCGCAUGUCGUUUUAUGUGUUCUUUGUUUUUAAUGUACAGUAUUGCUCUGUUCCCGAAGAAAAUAAUAAUUACUGUUGCGAAAAUUUGAUUUUUUUGAAUAAAUAUGCUUUCAAAAA